AUGAUGGAAUCAGAGAGGUUAAAAUUCUUUAGGUGUAAACAAUCACAGUUGAGGGUUGAUAAAUACAAAUGUCUGCAUGAAAGUCUUAUAAACGGGGAUGUAGAUACUGCAAGGCUUGGCAAAAGAAUCAUUCUUCCCAGUACUUUUACUGGUAGACCUAGAUAUGCAGGAUAUCCUAGCUAUUUUAUCACUAUGACCUGUAACCCUGAAUGGGAUGAGAUAAAAAGAGAAGUGACUCAUAUUGGAUUGAAGGCAGAAGACUGUCCUGAUAUAUUGUGUCGAGUUUUCAAGAUCAAGCUUAAUGGUUUGAUUGAUGACCUAAAAGAGGGAAAAAUCUUUGGCAAAAUUUUGGGAUACGUUUGCACCGCAGAGUUUCAAAAGAGAGGGCUUCCGCAUGCAUAUAUCCUUUUAUUCAUGAGUAACGAGUUCAAGCCACAAACACCAGAUAACAUAAACAAACAUAUAACAGCUGAGAUUCCUGAUGAAAAUGAAAGGUCAAAUCUACAUGGAGCUGUUCAAAAUUACAUGGUACAUGGUCCAUGUGGUCCGUACAACAAGACUUCAUCUUGCAUGAAGAAUAGAUCCUAUUCAAAGUUCUAUCCUAAAGAGUUUAGACAGCAAACACUCAUUGAUGAGGCCGGAUUUUCCAAAUAUAGGCGUACUGAUAAUGGUCGAACAGUGAAGAAAAGGGAAUGUGUACUAGACAAUAAGUUCAUUAUUCCGUAUAAUCCAGAAUUGUUGCUCAAGUUCGGGUGCCACAUAAAUGUGGAAUACACAUGCCAAACAAGUUCUAUUAAGUAUCUGUUUAAGUAUGUAUACAAGGGUCAUGACCGCGUAAUAGCUACUCUAUACAAUGCUGGUGAUCCGUCAGAAGCCACACAAGUUGUUGACGAAAAUAGAAAUUACUACGAUUGUAUGUACAUUUCGGCAUGUGAGGCAGUCUGGCGUCUAUUUGGAUACGAAAUCCAAGAGAAAGAACCAUUUGUGAUUAGACUUCCAUUCCAUUUGGAGGAUGAGCAACCUGUGGUUUAUGGUAAAACUUCUAAUGUGAAUGAUAUCGUCGAAAAAGCAAUAUCUCAUAAGUCCAUAUUUUUGGGAUGGAUGGCGGCGAACAUGUCAUAUCCCUAUGCUCGAAGUCUGACUUAUGCUGAGUUUUCAACCAAGUUUGUUUGGAAGGACGAUUCUUCAAAGUGGUUUCCUCGAAAGAAAAGGUUCGCAAUUGGAAGGUUGACUCAUGUACCUAUAGAGUUAACAAUGUCAGAUGAUGAGAUUAAGCAGUUGUGCUUGAUGGAUAUAGACAAGAACUUACAUUCCUAUGGUAAAACCUUGAAAGACUAUCCUCCUAUGCCUUUAACAACUGAAGUUGAUAGUUCUUUGUUAACCGAGGGAAAAGCUAAACUUUAA